CAGUGUCGUCACACGUGUUGCUUUUCUCUCACACACGCGGCCGAUUCACCGGAGAUGUCUUUAUAUACUGUACCCCCCAUCUCCGAAAAAUCAUUCAAUUAUGUUAUAAGCAAAAAACGACACCGAGAUUAAUUAUAUUCAAAAAGAAAGGAUUUUGGAUUAACGUGUGGAUAUGGAUGUGAGGUACACCAGACACGGCGGUUUCGGUGGUGGUGGUGGUGGUGGUUGUGUUGCGAGGCACGUUGGUGGUGGGUUGUAUGACAUAUCGAUGGUGGACAGGAUGAUGCUCAAGUUCAGACCAAUUGCACCAAAACCGGUGGCUUCUGGGUCGGGUUCCGGUGACUCCACGAUGGAGAAGGGUGGUAAAAGUGGCGGAGUGAAGAGGAAGUACGUUAGGGUGAAGGGAAACAACAGGAAUAAGGAUAAUGAAGUUAAAGAAAGAAAGGUGUCAACGUCAUCGUUUCAGCCCAGGGAAGUAGUUUCCAGUGGUGGUGACGCGAUGGUGACGCUGUCGUUGAUGCCGGAGACGCCAGAUCGGAAGGAGAAUUCACCGGCCAACUCUACGUCGAGUGAAAACCUCGAUAAUAUUCUCCCCGUCAAGAAGAUAUCAUCCCCGAUCUGGUUAAGCUUCAAGAACAGCAAUGAAACACCGCCGGAGAGACAGCAAACGGUACUGUCGUCCGUGAAGGUGGAAUGGGUGGCCGAGACGUUUGUAGACAAGGGGUGGGUAAGGUGGACGGAGAUGGAGAGUGACACAUGUCCGGGGUUCAUAUCGGACGGGGAAGACAGGGUGGUGUGGACGAACAAGGCGUAUAGGGAGAUGGCUGGAGGCGAGGAGGUGGUGGUGGUUCUGGUAAGGAAGGAGGGUAUGGGUUACCCUUACCCGGCGGCGUUCACGUGCAGUGUGAGGGUCACGUGCCGGCGUGGUACGAAUUCUUCAACCCUAACGGUGCCGUGUGACGCGUGGAGGAUGGGUGGUGGAUAUGCAUGGAGAUUAGACGUUAAAGCUGCACUUUGUUUGGGUCGUUAAAAAUUAACAUGUCCGGUUAAUUAAAAUAGUUACUAGAUAAUCGACGAGAUUUUGGGACGUUGUCACGCUUGUAUGAUCGUUCAAUUAAGAAAGUUUGAGUGAUCUUAUGUAUCAUAAUUGACAACACCACGGGGUCACCAUGAUUUUGAGUUUAGGUCUUAUAUUUGAAUGUUAUAUAUUGAAAUUCAACGAGACUUUGGGUCAUAAAAA